AUGGCACUUGACUUCAAAUAUUUGUGCGAUCGUGAGCUCGCUGUGUCUUCAAUUUCAUCCUCCUUUCCAUGGGACUUUUAGCUUUUGUCCUACCGAUGUUGAGCACUUUUUCGGCACUGUAAUUCACUUCGAAUGGUGUUGGGAGGAGUUUCAUGUAGCGACAACCCUUUGCCCUCCAUCUGUGAAUUGUUACUGUAAUUCCGCCCCCUGAAAUCUAGACAAUCUAGUUUAGGUUGCCAGUCCUGGGAUAGCAGGUUCAGAUUGAGAUUCUCUGAGAAUUGAGAAGCCAACGAGCGGCGAAUGAGCCGCAGCUGUCGCCAUGGGGAAAAUGCUGUCGAAAAUAUUUGGCAACAAGGAGAUGAGGAUACUCAUGCUUGGUCUUGAUGCUGCCGGAAAGACUACUGUGCUGUACAAGCUGAAACUAGGCCAAUCUGUGACUACAAUCCCUACUGUGGGCUUCAAUGUGGAGACUGUCACCUAUAAGAAUAUCAAAUUCAAUGUCUGGGAUGUGGGUGGUCAGGAUAAGAUUCGACCGUUAUGGCGUCACUAUUACACUGGCACACAAGGCUUGAUCUUCGUCAUUGACUGCGCCGACCGUGACCGGAUAGAAGAAGCUAAGCAAGAGCUACACCGCAUAAUCCAUGACAGGGAGAUGAGAGAUUCUAUUAUUCUCAUCUUUGCCAACAAACAAGACUUGCCUGAUGCUAUGAAGCCCCACGAAGUGCAAGAAAAACUUGGAUUAACUAAAAUACGCGAUCGCAAUUGGUAUGUUCAGCCAUCAUGUGCAACAACGGGUGAUGGCCUGUUUGAAGGCCUAACUUGGCUCUCAUCCAAUCAUAAGCCAUAAGCAGUGCUGGAACAGCUGCUGCUGCAGCUGACUAUGUUCUCCCCCAGCUUUCCUUUUAAUCGUCCAGUUUUGUCUGGCUGGAUGAAGGUGUGCUUGACGACUAGUGUGGCCAUUUGCUUGGCUGCUUGACUAGCUGGCUGACUUCUUGACCGACUUGCUCUCCGGUUGCCCGGCUGGCUGACUUCUUGACCGACUUGCUCUCUGGCUGGCUGGCUAGUUGGUUGUUUGCAAAGUAAGUCAAAUGCCUGUUGGGCUGGAUGGUUUGCGUUUUGGUUGCAUGCGAACAUGUACCGGGUUGACAGUCAUAGUGUACAGUCAGUGUCGUAGUGUAUCAGUGUAUGGAUGUGCAACAGGCAUACCUCUUACUUCUAUCAGUGUAUCUGCUUAUGCGCCUGACACGCCCAGUCAGGCGAUCGCAACGGGGCAUGUCCUCUCCUAUCAAUGCUCGUACCAUCAUUACGGUUACCUGUCCACAGCCGUGCUCUGCUCUGCUCGCCAUUGCUGUUACUUUUCAACUAUGUUGUUCUGCUUGAGUUCUGACAUGUACGUUGCUGCUGCUGCUGCUGUUGCAAGCAUAUCCAUCACGUUUCUGAUGUCUUCUGCUUAGUCCUGCUCAUGUACAGUGUGUGUAGGUAGUUCUUCUAUGCUCUGCUGUGGGUGUGGUGGGCGUGGAGUGGCCCGUCUUGAUGGUAAUAAUUAUAUUUGAAACUAGCUAGGUCUAUGAAUGAUUUUUGAUCUGUUACUUUUUCUUCUUCUAUGUUCUGGCUGUUGUUGUUGUUGUUGUUGUUGUUGUUGUUGUUGUCUACUUCUUCUUUUGUUGGUGCGCAAUACCCCUCCCUCUCACACACAUAUGACUGUUAUAAUGUGAUAGUUGGAAGUAUUUUUUGCGUGAUUAAGUUUGUGUUAAACCUUUGACCUGCUCUUUUUUUUCUUUUUUUGACGUGUUUCGUUCGGUUCGCCAGUUCUUGGCAUGCCUAGUUUUUGCAGUCUAUUUAGCCCUCUUCGCAUGCCUAGCUCAUCACCUUCUAGGGAUUGUCGCAACUUCUGUUGUGAUAUAAGUAUAUUAUACUGGUGUAAUCAUAAGACUGUUGCUCCCCAAGGCAGCAAUGCCGAUCUGAAUACGGGUGUUUCGCCAUGCAACUGCCGUGACAAUAGCUGUUGUUGGUUUUUAUUUCUGCUGCCUAGCGUUGUUCUUUUCCGUACACUGUUUUAUUAUUAGUAUUACUGAGCUGAUGAGUGCACUAG